AGAAUGUAAAAGUACUGUCUUGGCUUGACGCAGCCGCAGUAGAUGUCCGUACUAAAAACGUGAGGGUCGCGUUCAAGCGGUGUUCCGCUGCUGUUUCACGGUUGAGGGGCUCCGUCCAUCCCCGUCGCAGUCAUCAUCCUGAUCCCGCUUUGAGUCUGUGGAGUGACAAUGGCCGACAGUUCGCACUGUUUCUACUGUCGGGAGGACCUCGGAGGGAAGAGGUUUGUCCGUAACGAAGGCCGGCCGGUGUGUGUCCGCUGUCACACAAAGUUUUGUGCCAACUCCUGCGCCCAGUGCCAUCGACCCAUCCCUGUGGAAUCAAAGGAGCUCAGCCACAAAGGCCGCUACUGGCAUGAGGAGUGUUUCCGUUGUGCCAAGUGUUACAAACCACUGGCCAAAGAGCCCUUCAGUACAAAGGAUGAUCGCAUCCUGUGCGGAAAAUGCUGCUCAAGAGAGGACGCUCCUCGCUGCCAUGGUUGCUAUAAACCCAUCCUCGCUGGCACAGAGAGUGUGGAGUACAAAGGGAACUCGUGGCACGAUGAGUGUUUCACCUGCUGCAGCUGUAAACGACCAAUCGGAUCGCAGAGUUUCAUCACCAAAGGAACCGACACUUACUGCAGCCCCUGCUAUGACAAAAAGUUUGCCAAGAUCUGCGUCAGCUGCAAAAAGGCGAUAGUCUCUGGUGGGGUGAAUUAUCAGGACCAGCCAUGGCACGGACACUGUUUUGUGUGCAGCUCCUGCUCAAAGCCACUUGCUGGGACGAGUUUCACCAACCACCAGGACCAGGUCUUCUGUGUCGACUGCUACAAAACCUCUGUGGCUAAGAAAUGCAGCGGCUGCCAAAACCCCAUCACAGGUUUUGGAAAAGGAGUGAAUGUUGUGAACUACGAGGGCAGCUCCUGGCAUGAAUACUGCUUUAACUGUAAGAAAUGCUCCCUCAGUCUGGCCAACAAACGAUUCAUAGCCAACGGAAAAGACAUCCUGUGCUCCGACUGUGGAAACAAGUAGACACCAAGGAAAUCUACAUUGUUUUACCAUAUUUUAUAAUUGAAAACAGUGUUUUCCUUUCUACAUAAAAGUCAGAGUCUAUUUCAAAAUAAUUUUGUAUGUGUUGAUUUAUCUUGUUAGAUUAUCCACACAGUGAUGGAAAAGUCAGGACCAAAAUGUAAUGUGUUGAUAAAUUGAUCUGAUGCUGCAUGCUUGCAUUCUAUAAACAAAGAUUGAUUGCUGUGACAAACAUGGCAUGAGUUAUAACUUUUUCUACUAAAAGUACAAAGCUUGAAACCUAAGGGAGCUAUGCAUUAAAUAAAAUCACUGAAUGUAUGAUGUGAGGUCACAUGAAAUCUGAAGCAGAUUGGUGCAUUUCUUUUGUUUUAACUGUAAUUUUCUUCCAUCUUUCUGCUAAGGUCAUUGCUCUUGUUUACUACCUGUUUUUUAAGAUGACAUUCUCCUUUGAUUAAAAUAUAUAUUUUUCAAAAUAAUCAACCUUUAUUUCCAACUGUUAAUUGCUUACAAAUGAUUACUAUGCUUUUGUAUGUUUGAGUAUUGUCUGUGUAUGUCUUUUGAUAUAGUCCAUGAUUUUAAAUAAAUUAACUUCUAAGCACUUUUCUUAAUCAUUUUUCCUUCAGGAAAAAGUGACAUUUCAACGUGAAAUUGAUGCAAACUGUAUGGCUUUUGAAAUAAAUAAAAAUUUCCA